AAGAACUUGUUAAAACAUAAAAAUCAAAGAAUAGAUACACUUAACUUUGAGUUCAUAAAAAAAUAUGGCUAAAAUGAUAACUUUGUUUGUUGUUUGCUUAGUAUUAUUUGCUUCUAUUAAUGUUAGUGCCAAUAUUAUGGACACUUUUCUUGUUGUUGGCAAAGUUUAUUGUGACACUUGUCGUUGUGGCUUUGAGACUUCUGCCUCCAAGUAUCUUCCUGGGUCGAGGGUUAGAAUCGAGUGCAAGAAUAGGGACACUAACGAUUUGGCAUACACAGUUGAAGGUUUUACAAACUCUAAAGGGGAAUAUAAGAUUCUUGUGAAUAGUGAUCGCCGCGAUGAAUUUUGCGAUGUCGUCCUCAUUAGAAGCUCCGAUCCUAUGUGUGCGGAACCCAACACGGGCCGCGAUCGUGCCCGUGUUGUCCUCGCUAGCAACAAUGGGAUGGUCUCUAAUACUCGCUUCGCUAAUUCCAUGGGAUUCCUUUCUAAUGAGCCUCUUGCUAGUUGCACAAAAAUCCUCCAGCAAUAUGAAUUUUCAGAAGAUCAGUUUUAAAUUAUUAUUAUUGUUA